UUCCCCCUCCUCACCCUUCUUCAUCUUCUUAAACGUCUCCGUUCUGCUUGGACGGUGGCUGCAUUGAUGCAAAAUGGGUUGUGGCAAUUCCUCAGCCACCAACACCUCAGGAGACGGUCCUGCAGAUGUCUCCAAAGAUGUGACAGAAGAUCCCUUACCAGACGAUGAGAAAAGAAUGAACUAUGGUGGCGUUUAUGUAGGUAUACCAGCAGACCUGACCACUGUGGCUACCAGUCAGUCCAAGUCCUCAUGUAAAGAUUAGCAGCUGCUGAAGAGAAGACAACACAGGAUCCUGCAUAUUAAUUCACCUAGAGACACUCACAUUACAGGCAGAGAGCAUGUAAGAGCUCUUAUUCUGGCACAGCACACACUGAAUAAAGUCGCUUUAACGCUGUCAGUGAGCAGGGAGUCGACAGCUUGCCGGGAAUCUGAGGAUGCUUCUUCAUGGAGUCAGGGGUGGCACAGUGAUGCAGGGACGCACAGCAGAGGUCUGCUUACAGCAUCCAUCAUCAACCUUCACUUUGCUGAAAAAAAAGUGAUC